AUGUUUGACAGAUACUUUCCGAACACCCUAAGAGAAAGAGAGGGCUGGAAGAAGGAAGGUACAGGCUCCACCAACACCAUAAGGCGCACGUUGGCUGUCAACAAAUACGGUGGGCAGCGGCAACAUGUCGCCGCUGUUUGUCCUGGAGCCUGGGAAAUCUCCACGUCUCUAGGCCGCCGUUCGCAGCAAGAAGCUGUUUCCUCUGUGAUCGGUGGAGAAACUGAAGGUGAACAAUAUGGACCUUACAGCAGCGACGGAGAUGAAGAGAUGAUGGAAGUAGUGGUGAAAGAUGAUGUGGAAAAUCAGGAGGUUGCAAGAAGUUCGACUGAUAUAGAGGACCGCCACAAAGAUAUUUUUCAAAGGAUGGAAAUGGAGAGGGCGUCAGCUCGUGAGCGUGCCCUUAAACUGAUGAGAGAACCAUCGGAAGGCACGCAAAUGGAGUUAGAGCAGGCGCUACAACUUGCCUUCGGUCAGCCGUUCUCAAGCACUGACACCGAUAAGGAAACUGCGCAAGGUCUGAAACCACUCAUAUGCAAAAAGAAAUCCUCUGAAAUAUUUAUUCAGCGCUCUCUUCUACGCAAGGAUGAGCAGGCUAAGCGGAAACCAACUGUGAACAUACCUACGCGUCGCUGGGCUGCGGUCCGACUUUCGCAAGGUCUCCCAGUACCCAUAAAAUAUGGAGAUUUUAAAUGGUCAAGUUACUUUGUUAGCGAGGUGAAAAAACAGGAGGAAAAGAAGGCAAAGAAUGACAGGAGUAAACAUUUAUCAACUGUCUUAUAUGAGACCGCAAAAUACCUGAAGACUACAUCUGCUCAAGAACAAAAUGUUGAGGUCGUCGAAAAAUUUAUACGCGCUAUUAGACCUUACAAGUUAACAGCAGCAGAGACAAUGCAGAUAAUAAAUCUUCGUCCCACAACUGCCGCAGAGAUCCAGUUAAUUGUGGAGGAGAGUGAAGAACGGAUCAAAACGGAGGAAAAACUCGAGUCGCUUGUUGCAACUGUGAUUGCUUGCCUGCCUCCACACAUCAUUACAACAUCAUGA